CAGUUCCUUGCACCGCCUCUCACAUACAAGGCGUCAUGCAAUACAAGCAUUUCCUGUUCGCCCUAGCGGCGCUACUAGCGCUGAGCGCGGCGGAGGAGGAGAAGAAGGCCACGGAAGAAAAGUCGGCGGUGGAGAAGUCAGACUCGGAGGGUGUGGAAGAUAAGAAACAGGAGAAGAGAGGAUUGCUCGGGUUCGCCCACGGGUACGGAGGUCUGGAUGAGGGCUACGGCGGCUAUGGUGGAGGUAUCGUGCUCGGAGGAUACGGAGGCCACGGAGGUGGAGGUUACGGAGGCUACGGGGGUGGAGGCUACGGAGGUGGAGGCUACGGAGGUGGAGGCUACGGAGGCGGUGGCUACGAAGUUGUUGGAGGCUACGGUCACGGAGGUUACGGCCAUGAAGAACAUGUCAAGGCCAUCACUAUCACUAAGGAAAUACCAGUCCCACAUCCGGUCUAUGUCGAGAAGAAAGUCCCAUACCCAGUAAAGGUCCCUGUCGAUAGGCCAUACCCAGUCCAUGUUCCCAAACCCUACCCCGUACAUGUCGAGAAGCCUGUCCCAUACCCCGUCAAGGUUCCAGUUCCCCAGCCCUACCCCGUCCAUGUCGAGAAGCCCGUUCCCGUUCCAGUCAAGGUCCCUGUUGACCGUCCCUAUCCCGUUCAUGUUCCCAAGCCCUACCCCGUUUACGUAGAGAAGAAGGUCCCUUACCCUGUGGAGAAGCACAUCCCUUACCCAGUGAAAGUCCCUGUGGAUCGUCCAUACCCCGUCCACGUACCUGUAGAGAAGCCUGUGCCCUACCCUGUAGAGAAGCCUGUACCUUACCCCGUCAAGGUCCCAGUCGACAGGCCGUACCCUGUCCAUGUACCCAAGCCCUACCCUGUGCCAGUUGAGAAGCCAGUGCCUUACCCCGUAGAGAAGCCUGUACCUUACCCAGUGAAAGUACCUGUCCCUGUCGAUAGGCCAUACCCAGUCCACGUACCGAAACCCUACCCCGUGCAUGUUCCAGUACCCCAGCCCUACCCCGUCCAUGUCGAAAAGCCCGUUCCCGUUCCAGUCAAGGUCCCUGUUGACCGUCCCUACCCCGUUCACGUUCCCAAGCCCUACCCCGUAUACGUAGAGAAGAAGGUCCCUUACCCUGUGGAGAAGCACAUCCCUUACCCAGUGAAAGUCCCUGUGGAUCGUCCAUACCCCGUCCACGUACCUGUAGAGAAGCCUGUGCCUUACCCUGUAGAGAAGCCUGUACCUUACCCCGUCAAGGUCCCAGUCGAUAGGCCAUAUCCUGUCCACGUCCCCAAGCCCUACCCUGUGCCAGUUGAGAAGCCAGUGCCUUACCCCGUAGAGAAGCCUGUACCUUACCCAGUGAAAGUACCAGUUAAGGUACCAGUCCCGGUCGAUAGGCCAUACACAGUCCACGUACCUAAACCCUACACCGUGCAUGUCGAGAAGCCUGUCCCAUACCCCGUCAAGGUUCCCGUUCCCCAGCCCUACACCGUUCAUGUCGAGAAGCCCGUUCCAGUUCCAGUCAAGGUCCCUGUUGACCGUCCCUACCCGGUUCACGUACCCAAGCCCUACCCCGUCUACGUAGAGAAGAAGGUCCCUUACACUGUUGAGAAGCACGUCCCUUACCCAGUCAAAGUCCCUGUGGAUCGUCCAUACACCGUUCAUGUACCUGUAGAGAAGCCAGUACCCUACCCUGUAGAGAAACCUGUACCUUACCCCGUCAAGGUCCCAGUCGACAGGCCUUAUCCUGUCCACGUUCCCAAGCCCUACCCUGUAGCAGUUGAGAAGCCAGUGCCUUAUCCCGUAGAGAAGCCUUACCCGGUCAAGGUGCCCGUCAAGGUACCAGUCAAAGUACCUUAUCCAGUGGAAGUCAAGGUGCCCGUUCACAUCCCAGUACCUGUGAAGCAUCAUUAUGAGCAUGACUAUGGCGGCGGUUACGAGAGCUAUGGAAGCGGUUCUGAAGGAGGUUAUGGAGGAAGCUACGGAGGAGGAUAUGGAGGCGGCAGUUCUUCUUACUCCUCCCACACAUACCAUCACUAACUACGUUACCUUGAUUGUUGUUACCACUGCUGACUGUUUUUUAUGUACUUUUGUAAUAUAUAGUUAGUUUAUAGUGUAUUUUUCUACGAAAUGUGAUUUUUUAGUAAAUAAUCUAGCUAUACAAACCAAAGUUAUAUCGCCUA